AACACCCGUAUGUUUUAUAAGUAAGGGGUCCGCCAUCUUGUCAGUGAGGAAGGAAAACUCCUUUGUUAGGAUUGCAGUACCAAGAUAUCAGCCAUGGCUAUGCAAGUGUCUUCACGGCGAGGAGAAGAUUAUGUAGAAAGUAUAUACAAUUUGAUCCCAAAGAUCCAAGAGAGGCCUCCAAAGCCCUCAAUGUACCGCUCUAAUUUUGCUACAACCGUAAAACAGGAGCAAAAAACGAAGAAGCAAAGUUCGAAAACCAUGGGCCCUGCGAAAGUUGCUGUCACAGAACCCAAGGAGUUUUUGACUAAACAUUCCAAGGAGUUCAAGCUGCCAGAAAAAACUGGCUUCACGUAUCCUGAUCAAGAUAAAAGACGUCCCCCGGUCCCUAAACACACUGAAAAACCUCUGAUGGGAUUACGCUCCACAAAAAAUCACAUCACAACAAAUGCUGUGGAGAAUAUCAUGUCUGUGCCUAAGAUGCCUGAGAAAAAAUUUGCAGACACACGUGGAGGAGCCAUACAUCAACUGGAUCCAUCAGGUCUUACGCCAAAAUAUGUGAACAAGAAAGAUUACGGAAAGACCCCAGCUUAUCUGGAAAAAAGGAAGGCCGAAGUAGAGAGAGCACAGAUGGAGUAUGAUGCUUAUGUACAAGAAAGAUGUAGACAAGGAGCCAUGAAAAAUUUGACAGAGGAUGAGAGACAAGGUAUACUUGAUGGAUUGAAAAAGAACUGGGAGGAACUUCACCACCAAUAUCAAGGACUUUCUGUGGUGACUGACACGGCACCAAAGAAGGCACGAAAAGAGAGAAUGGAGGCAGAAAUGAAACAGUUAGAAAGAGACAUUGAAACAAUUGAGAAACACAGAGUUAUUUACAUUGCAAAUCCUUUCUUUUAAAGAACACCCUAGUGCUAGUUUUAAUGUUAACCUGAUUCCCUUUUUUCAUUUGGAUGUGACCAGCUACUGAUACUCUCGAGGAAAAGUGGUUUAGCAUUAUCUCCAGGGUAUAUGUUGUUUAGGUAAAAUAGAGAAAAAAAAGUUAGAGAAAUCCUGCAUUAACGAAAUUGUAAAUACAGUUGUAAUCAUGUACAAAGUAUUUUAUUAAAAAUCAAGCAAUGAUAAAAACUA